GCCUGGUGAGGGGGCAGAGCAUGUCCCCUGAGGAGCUCGCUGCCCUGCUCUGUGGGGAAGGGGACCAGCACCUGGCCCAGCAGGACCUGCCCACAGCCACUGCCUUCUACCUGGCUGCCUUCAGCUGCUGUGCCCCCACAGCAGAGCAGAGGGUGACCUGCAUGGACAGCAGGCUCCGGGAGCAGGUCAUAGCCACUCUGGAGACCUGGUGCCGAGGCAAGGGGCAGAUUCCCAGGAUCCAGAGCAGGAACCUGGCCGUCGUGUCCCUCAGUGUGGGAAUAGCCGCCAUCUUCCUCUCCGCCCUGAGCCCCAACAAUGUGGUGUCCUCUCUGUACGAGCUGGAGGCCCUGCUGCGGCGAGAGUGCUCGGAGGAGGUGCUGAGGAGAUGUGAUGUCCUGCUCCAGGCUGGCCCAGGGUGCCCCAUGGAGCUGCUGCUGCUCAGGGCCUUGGCAUCAGUCCUGUCGGGGACAGGGCUCAGGGAGGGGGUGGCAGGGUACGUCCAAGCCUUCGAGCUGCACGGGGCCGAGGUGGCAGCCUAUGUGUGCAACAGGCAAGGGGAGCACCUGCCACGGGUCAUCCAGGCCUUCUCCAGCUACCUCUCAACAUGCCAGAAGGAAAGCCCAGACUGCAGCUCCUUGGAGCAGUGGCUGGGCAGCUGCUAUGGCUUCCUGGCUGCGGUGGCACCGGGGGAUGUCUGGGUGUGCAGGCUGCAGGCAGCUCACCUCCUAAAACAGGGCAAAUUCCAGGAGUGUGUGGCCUUUUGUACCAAGGCCCUUGAGGGCUUCUCAGCUGGUCAGCUCAGAGAUGAGGCGGUUUUGGGCCUGCUCUUGGAACGGGCUGCUGCCUAUUGCUCCCUGGGUGGACGGAUGCAGGAAAUGAUGCAGGAUUUAGCAGAAGCCUUUGCUGCAAACCCUGCCCAGGCCAGGAGACACUUUGAAGAGCUUUUCUCACCCUGUGACACCGAGAAGAUUGAAGAGCAGGCUAGAACUGUCCUGGAGGGGAAGUUUGCAGCGUACAGGGAGGCCGUGCGUGCUCGCACCGAGCUCAGGGGCAAUCGUGGGGCUGAACUGCUCCCUCCUGUCAUCCAGAUGAUCCAGCUCCUCCUGCAGCUCUGCCCGGGGUCCCAGAGGGAGCUCAGUGUCCGGCUGGCAGACUGCCAGCUCCUGCAGGGCCACCCCGGGGCUGCCCUGGGCAUCUGUGACCAGCUCCUGGCAGUGGAGCAGAGAACUUACCACAACACCCUGCUGGCACUGCGAGGGUUCUGCUCCCUGCACGCCCAGGACCACCAGCAGGCCCUGCAGGACUUUCAGAAGGUCAUUGAGCACGAUUCCCCACAUCCCAACAGCUGCAUUAAAGCCUUGUGUGGCCGUGGGCUCGUCCGCAUUGCUGGUGGCAGCUCUUACCUGACAGCCCUGGAUUACAUCACAGCCUGCCAGUUAAAGCUGGAAGAAACCAUCUUCACCAUCAAGUCUUAUGUGCCAUGGAACCAAAGGGGACUGCUGCUGAAAGUUCUCCAAGAGGAAGGACAGAGGAUGCUCCAGAAGAAGAGAGAUGCCCCUGGGGUUUUCCAGCUGGCCUGUCUCUUGGUGGAGCUGGACACUGCUGAUGAGGCCUCCAGGAUCCUCUGUGCUGACGCCCUGUACCAGAUGGGCCGUGCAGAAGAAGCCCACAGGCUGCUCUCGCUGGCCCUCUCCAGAAACCCCCAAAGGGCUCCUGUCCUGGCCAGGCUGGCACUGCUGCAGCUGAAGAAAGGGUUUGUGUGUGAUGGAAACCAGCUGCUACAGAGAGUGAUCAGGACUGGAGAUACCUCCUGCCUCCUGCCCAUCAUGGACAUUUUCCAGGCUGAGGACAGGAAGCUGAUGCAAACCCACUGCCAUUUCCAAGCACUGGCCAUCCUGGAGAGCCAACAGGAGGAUGUUCACAUCAAAGAGGCCAUUGCCUACCUGUCCUGUGCAAUUAUUGCUGCAGGUGGUGGUGCUGGGGAUUGUCUCCUCAGCAGGGCUCGGUGCUACGGGCGCCUGGGGCAGAUGAAAACUGCUAUUUUUGACUUCAAUGCCAUCCUGAAGGAGGACCCCAGGAACGUGCAGGCUCUGAGCGGCCGAGGGUUCGUGUUCCUCGCUCUGAGGCAGCAGAAGGAGGCAGUGCAAGAUCUGAUCUCAGCACUGAAGGUGGAGGCAGGAGCAGUGAUCCCAGCAAUCCUGUCCCUGAAGGGUGAAGCCCAAGAGCUGCUCACUGGGUGGCUCCUCCAGCACGGCAGGGCUGCACUGACCCAGCUCGUGGCCACCAGAGACACCUCAAAGGGAGAAACCCUCAGGGACCUCCUGGUGAUUGCAAGAGCACUGAUCAGAAUCUGCAGGGCUGCACAAUAUCACAUCUUCUACACAGAUGUUCUGAUUGCAAGUGGGAGGUGUGAGGAGGCCCUGACCCACCUCCAGGCAGCCUUUGGCCACUGCCCCUCUGAGGACUCUGCCAGGGCACGACUGGCUGUGCUGCAGCUGAAGAGGAGCAACGUGGCAGGAGCAGCUCACUCGCUCAGUGCCCUGGCCCAGAGAGAUGAAAGGGAGCUGGAAUUUCUCCUGAGCUUCGUGGACACCAAGCAGCAGCAGCAGCUCGCUCAGGUACAAUCCUCUUCUUUCUUUUUGUCCCCACAGGUGGCUGCCCAGCAGGGCCAGGUGCUGGUGGAAGGGCAGCAGUACGAGAAGGCCCUGGGGUUCCUGUCCCUGGCCGUGGUGGCCGGCGGGGCCUGCCCGCGCUCCCUGCGCCGCAGGGCCAAGUGCCUCGGGCUGCUGGGGCAGCACCAGCGGGCCCUGGCAGACAUGGACACCGUGAUCCAGGGGCACGGCGGGCACAGCCCAAGGACACGAGCACGGGAUCUGUGCUCCAGGGGCCUGCUGCUGCUGGCUGUGGGGCAGGAGGAGGCGGCAGUCCAGCAGUACAUGCAGGCCCUGCGGCUGGACCGGCCCGCGGCCCUGGGCAGCAUCGCGGAGCGCCCCGGCAGCCAGGCCUUGGCCAGGGCCUUCCUCAGCAUCGCACAGCACAGCUUCCAAACACAGCACUACCAACAGGCCUGGGAGGUCACCGACUGCGGGCUGCAGAUUGAUAAAAACCCCGAGCUGCAGAGGCUGAGGGCGAGGCUGAAGCGGGAGGCGUCCGGCUGCAGCAUCCACUGAUCUCCCUGCUUGGGGAUUUUCCGCUCUCUGGUUGCUGUGUGGUUUGUUUGUGAGGCUGCAGGAGCGAGGGAGAGAUGAGGAGCUCGUGAUAAACAUGCAACAGAUGUGACGCCGAGCAGGAUGAGAGAAGGAGAAAGUUUCUGAUGGUGAAGCAAAACUGACCAAGAGGGCCGUGGGGGAAAAGGGAGUUGCAGUAUUCAGAGUUCUCUAAAAUUAUUUAUUGUGGGUUAUGCAAACUCCCCUUUGGGAAGAAAGCUUUCUUCUGGCUAAAUUGAACUAACUCUAACACAGGUGUUCCAGUCCUAGUGAAGGAAAUCAUUCAAAUGGCUUGCAGCUUAUGAAUAAUAAUGUAUUUCCAUGACAUCUGAUUAGCUCUAACACAUACUAUUCAGUUAAGUGGCUUUAUUUUUACAGGCCAGUCAAAAAGAUCAGUCAAAAAUAACUUUUGUCAUGUGUUUCUGGAGGACCAUGGGUGUAACACCCCUCUCCUGACCCACUCCUGGAUGGAAGGCUCUGCCCUUGUCAAAGUGCAGUGGAUUUGCAAUGAUCAGCACCAAUACUGGGCAGUGGAGUAGCACAGAUGCCAAGUAAACUGUUUUACUGGCCCAGGGAACAGUAAAGCAAUAGAUAAUAUGAAGGAUGAGACUCAACAGAGAUGAGAUAUCCAGUCCUGGGAGUCCUGCCCUGUUAUCUGGGGCACACAGGCAGCCGGACUCCAGACUUCACCUGGGCCUGCCAGAUCCUAUGUCUCUGUUUGCCAGAGCAGAUAAUGGGAAUAAUCUCUCUGUAGGGGUGUUUGCCAAAGGUGCUAAACACCAUCCUUCACACUCCUGGAUAUUCAAGCACCAAAGCUGGAGCAUGAACUCACCAGGAAUGUUCCAUGUGCAGCAGGAGCUGGGGCUGGGGGCAGCGGCCGAGGUGCUGCUGCUGGGACUGCUCUUAGUGCUGCAGCACUCCCUCAUCCCUCCCCAUCCACGGGGAACAGCACAGGAAUCAGCCUCUGGAAUGCUCAGAAGGGGUGUACCUGUUGUCAUGUGUCUGGUUUCAUCAUUGGCAGGGACAGGUGGACUUGGGGACACCCCAAAUUUAGUGCUGGUACAUCCAGGGGGUUCACCUGUGCGAGGGGGACCCUGAGCUCAGGAGGGUUCCCAUAGAGGAAACAAGGUGGGACUCAAAACAACCACCUCCUCUGUUUGUUUUGGCUUCUCCGAGUGACUUCUCCUGAUGUUUUUGGAGUGUGAUAAUACAACCACAGAGAAAAACAGAAACUACUAUUGAAAACAAAGAUCAAAGCACUGCUGAGAACUGCUCUCCUGCUUUGAUUGGGAUGAAAGGGAGAGGGAGCCUUUUCUUUUUUGUUAUAUUGUUGUCUCAAAGGCAACAACCCAGAGUGAAACUUCAUUCAGCAGCCAUGCAAUCAACCCCAGAGCACUGACAUCAUCUGUAACCUUCCAUCUCCCAUCUCAUUUUCCCUCUCUGCAUGUUCCUUUUCUGCCCUAAGAGCACAGCUGAGAUUGGGCUUCUUUCCCUUCAAAUUCAAGAAGAGUUACUUUGAUUUUAAUCCCGGUGACACUGAUGAGUACUUUUCCCCCUGUUUGGCAGCAAGAUGCUAUUGUUUCCACUUCUUUCAGAUUGAAGAAUCUGACUAAAAGAACCCGCAGUGGUCAUUUCUGUAGGUUUCUUUAAUGUUAAGCUGCAAUUCGUGGAGAUUGUGGAGCUGCUUCCAACUGCUUUGAGAUCUGUCCCUCACUCUGUGCAUGCAGCCCAUGGCUGAAUAUUUCAAAGAGAGACUCUGUAUAGAGAGCCUCUUUAGUGCUUUAGGACAUACCCUUAUGGUUUGGUGCUGCAAAUGCUACAAAACUGUGAAGAAUUCAAAUAUAUUUGUAUGAAUCAAGACGAAUGUAAUCAGGAAGAGACUGCAGCCUAACAAAUAGUGAAACUGGAUACCUGUUUGUAAUCCAGCUUGAAGCUACAGCCAUCCCAAGGAAAGGUUAAAUACCUGUAGUUUGUUCACCUCAGACCUCUAUACAGACACUAACAAAUAAUUCUUCUCUCUCCAUGAAUUUUGUUCCUUUAAAGUAUCCUGCAACCUUAAAACACAGAGGACUUUGUUGUGUAUCAUCACCAGGUAAUGAAUAACAAAAGAAAACUGAAAUCAUGGCUCAGAAUGCUCCUACACAAACAACUACCUGCCAGUUCUGCCUCUCUGAAGUAUCCAACAUUCCUUCUAUGUACAGAAAAGGAAAAUCAGGUGUGAGAAUAUUUGCAUCACACAGUCAGACAAGUAAAGUUUCCUGACCUCCUGCUCUGCAGUCCAGCAGGCAAAGAACAGCUUAGAAAUGAUGGCAAAGUGUUUGGAAUCAACUGUUCGACUGGAAGCUGUUCCUCGAGUUCAGGCAGAGCUAAACUUUGAGCUUUUUUGACCUCAAAAGGUUUCAUUUCCUCUAAAAUCCUGUCGCUCCCGUUUAUUUUUCCCAUCUCACUUGGUUAUGUGCUCCCGGGUACUGAGAGAGUCUGAACAAUCAGUCAACUUCUGCAACUGCUUUAGAAGCUGACACAUCUCCUGGGGAUUUGUCUUCCUGACUCUCAGCCUGAGCCCUUGUGCUCCCCAGCCCUGUGGAAGUGUGGCCCUGGCUCGGGCCAAGCAAACCCAGGCACGUUCAUGAGCUUCCCCAUGCCCGGGUUAGGACACUGCACUCCACUUGCAGAGGCAGAUGUUUCACUUUAAUAACAGCUAAUCCAAAAGCCAUUUCUUUUACUAUCAUUUCCCUGCAGAAGAUGGACUGUGUUAUCAUGGCCCUGCUGCUGCACUGAGCCAUUUCCAAUUUGCCAGAGCUCCGAGGAGCCGCUGCCACCAUCAAUUUGAUGUGUGACAUGGAAUUAUCACUGCCAGGGUGCUCUGCCUUUGCAGCCUUGGCUAUUUCAGCUGUGUUUCAGAUAAACUGGUCUGUGCUGGAAUCUGCUGGUUCAGUUGGCCAUUUCUCAGUGGCACCUGAAGAAAAAUGACUCAUUAUUUAGCAGGCACAGCAUCCCAAAGCUGUGGGGUUCAGAAGACUCUUUCUCCUCCCGCUCCUGCUCUGUGUUCCAGGAGCUACUUUUUCUGCAGGAUGCCAAGGAAUGCUGCAGAGCUCACCUGUGUGCAACUCUGACACCCCAAGCACAGGAGCACUGACUUAUUUGCUCCCAAAAGUGCUUGGAGGGUGGAAGGCAAACAGCUGAUAUUGGUGUCUGCGGCACUCAGAAGGUGGGGACGUAUGAGGGCAGGGGAGGAAGGAAUUGCCACCCAAAUGGUGAGGUUAGAGAACAUGAGCCAGUCCCAAAGUAUGGCAGCAGAGAGUGGAAAAACCAGCCAUGAUUAGUGAUGUUAUUUUUGGUUUCUCACCGAGAGAGGGACAAAGGCCAGUCCUGGCCCUCCCUGGUGUCACAGCCUGGUGCCACCGACCCCGUGAGUGCCACACCUCAGUACAAGUGUGGAACCCACACACCUGAGACACUUGUAACCAUUUCAUUUUCAGUUCUCUUCCCUUCCAGAGUUUAUCUUGGGCAUGUGAUGCGUGGCCAAAACCUCCUGGAGGCUCUGGCAAGCCCACCCCGUGUUCCUGACAGCCCCUGAGGACCUGUCCUGUGUGCAGAGCAAACCCUGCCACAUCAGCUGUGGCUUUGGGGUUGGCUCACCACCCAACCCAAUCAUUUUUGUGUCUCUGUGUUCCCUGCACAAUCCCAAAAAGCCAGGAGCUGCAGAGAAUAAACGAGCACAGGAAUUUCCCCGGGGACUGUAAAGGAAAUGAAGAGCAGUGUCUGAUAAUCAGUUUGUGGGGCUCGUUCUGAGCUGUGUCACAGUCAAUGAGAAAAUGUAGCUGCAAAACCAGAGGGGGGUUGUAGGAGGGAGCAGGAAGCACAGGAGGAUGCUAAUGAUCCCAUUCCAGCCCUUGGUUUCCAUUUUGUUGUGCCCCUCAGUUGUGCUUCCCUCUCCAGGUCAGUGCUGCAGAUGCCCAGCACCAGACACCAACCACACCUCACCCAGUGUGAGGGACAGGGACCUCCAGCCACGAGGGAGGCCCAGGUUUGGAUCCAGAUCAGUAGUGGAUGAAAUGAAAAACUGACAGGGAUUAGUACUUUCCCACUUUAAAAUGACCAUCUCACCGAGCAUCUUGAUUGCUUAGAAAGCUCAGAUGUCCCAUUAUGAGACAUUCCAACCCUGGUAAUACACUCACUGUGUUCUCUAGAACUCCCAUUAAAAUCUUAAAUGAUUAGGAACACCUCUGAGUGCCUGUCACGGUGUAGGGUUUGUUCUUUCACUGCAGAGUUUAACAAUAGAGACAAUUAUACCCUGCCAUUUUCUUAUUUUUUGCAGCCUUGCCAACAGUAUUCUUGCAAUGUUGUUUCUUUUCUUCUCAUGCAUCAUUUGUCCAUUCUUGGGCAAUAAAACCUGCUUACUGAAGUAAACAGGUAAUUAGCCAUCUACAUAAAUUGCCCUGUGUCUGCACCAUUAAUGUGUUUGGAUGUUUUAAUUGAUUGCAUUCUCGACUGGUUUGGAUGGCUUAAAUGCCAGCUAAUGCAAUCCAAUUAAGUCCACUAAUAAACCUGACUGAUGAACUGCAAUAUAAUCACACAUCAAGCAGAGAUGUAGAGGAAAAUGCCACAAAACUGACAGUUUAGAAUAGACUGUGUCACUUUGAAAGAUCCAAAUCACUUCUCGACAGGGAAACUGGGGAAAUCAACUCUAACUGGUGCUGGAGUUGGUCUCCAAGACCUGACCCAACACACUCUUUAAGCCAAUUUCUCUCCACUAAACAUUUUUGAUAGAAUCACAGAACAGCCCAGGUUGGAAGGGACCUCAAAAAAACACGUGAGCCAACCUCUCAUGGGAAAGGGAGCCCAGAUGAGAUGACCCAGAGCUCUGCCCAGGUAAAUCCUGUAAACCUCCAGGGCUGGGGCCUCUGCCACUGCUCCAGUGAUUGAUUAUUCUCACUGAAUUAAAAAACCCCAAACAAUUCCUUUUCAUAUCAAGAUGAAAACUCUCCCAGUGCAACUUAUACCUUUUGCCCCUUGUCUUCCCUGUGCAGCUGGAGAAGCAUCAGCUUGAUAAUUGUCUCUGGGGAGCAGAAAUGCAAAGGAAAUUUUGGGUGAUGUGUGGGCCUCUUGAUAAUAUUAUUCAAACAAAACUAAAUGAGGCAGGAGGAAGUUAAAUAAACUCAUACUGGGAAAUGAUGUGAACUUCCACUAGUGCCCCACAAGCAACUUGCUUGAAGAUGGUGCAGUGUCUUUGUGUCAGCUCUGGGGGUCUCUUUCUAAGCCCAAACAGAGGUUGAGGAUUUAAUGGAGCAAUCUGUGUGAAAUUCUCUGCUCUGUUCUGCCAGAUGCCAGACAAGACAUAAUAGCUCCUCUGGCAUCAAUGCCUAUUAAUCUAAUCUUGACUUUGAUUCUCUGUGUGACUCCCUUUCAUCUGUAAAAUGGGGAUAAUGCUCUCUUUCAGACGCUUGUCAGCCCCUCGUAGCUCUGGGUACAGAGUGCUUUGAAGUUGACAUUAUUUGUACAUUUUACAGGAUUGUGACAGAGCUGCAGAUUGUCCCCAGCCCCUGUCACAGUGGGGGCUGCUGGUGAAGGUCACCCCCUGCCCUGUGCCCUCACCCACUCGUGUGUCUGUGCAGCUCCCCUGGCACAGACCCUGGGCAGGGACAAGGGGACAUCCCACACACCCACUGCCUGCACAGCUCUGCUCUGGUGGCAGUGGCAAGGGAUAGGGAAUAAUAAAGAUAUUCAGGCACCUUGGACAGGCAGGGCCCUGCCUCUCUGAGCCCCAGAGCCUCUGCUGGACAAGGAACACACACGUCCUUGAACCCUGAGGGAACCACAC